UAUAACAUAUUCAACCUCACAAAGUUUCUCUUACUUUCAUUAUUCUUUUUGUUCGUGUGUUGUCUUGAGAGAGAGAAACCCCUAGUUUCUUAGCGGAUCAAGAAAACUCACCAUGCGAGCCUCUUCGUCGUCCUCUUCUAACUCACUUGCUGCAACCAGUUUGAACAAUAGACUAAAGACCAUCUACAAAAAAGCUUCGGAGCUUUCUAUCCUUUGUCGAGUUGCGGUUAGCGUCAUCUAUUACGGACCAAACGGCGAGUUGAAGACAUGGCCUAAGGAGAAAGAGGUAGUGAAAGACAUGGCCUUAAAGUAUAAGGCGGCUACAAAACGCAAGAACAGCUAUAAUCUUCGUGAUUUCUUGGAGGGCAAGUUAGACAACGAUAAGAACUUGAAGGACAAUAAGAAGAAGAAGAAGAAGACAAAGAGAGAGUUUGAGAACGUCAAGUAUCCAGAAUGGUAUCCAGCUCUUGAUCAUUACUCUCCCGACCAACUCCGUCAACUGAUUCUGUCCUUACAAGGGACUCUCUCUAGCAUGGAGGAAAGGAUUCGUGUUCUCCAGGUGCAGAAACAGAAGAGCACAAACUUGGUUCAUCAGAAUUUGACCAAGCAUCGUCAUGAUCACUAUCAGACAGUACAACCCUUGAACUCUAGCCAGUGCUCUCUGUAUCUGUAUAACCAUGACGAUGCAACUCUCUCAGAGCUCCCACUCUCUGCAGCACAUUCCAACCAACUCAUCAAUUACCAAAAUUACUUGAGGAUGCAGCAACAGAAGCAUUAUGAUCCUUGCGUCGCUAACACGCAAGAUCACCCAGCUUUACUUUCAGUACAAGAAUCUAGGUUGAAGAAUCAGUUUAUGAAGCAGCAGGAGCGUAACAUGUGUAUGAUGAAUAACACCAGCAACAGCAACGUUCUACUACAUCCUUGCCCCUUAAACACAAUUCCAAAGGAGUUAUCUUUUGAUCUCCAGAAGAACCCUAAAGAUGAUAUGGUCGGUAGACAUAAGUUCUCCCAAGAUUUUCCAAAUUUGUUUUUAGCCUAUGCUGAUAGCCCUCAGCUUCAGACAUCUCUACCAUCUAUACACCAAACCAUUCCUAACAUUAACCUUAUUCCUGACAACUCAAGCUGUCUUUGAAGUUGAAGUAGUUACCUCCUUGAGAGUCGACGGUGAAGAAGUGAAGGGUUGUUUCUUCAUCUAGGUUCCUCCUGCUAGAGUUUUAUCUUUGAAUCUAUAAUUAUAAUAGCAAAA